GUAUUUUAGCCUUAAGCAGUCGCUUCUCACAACAUAAUAUUUCGUUUUCCUCUCUCCUUAUUUGGACCACCGCCUCUCUCCGCCGUCAUCCGCCACCGGUGAAUCCAAAAUGAGGAUUUUAGGAAAAAUUCUCCCUGCUGUUCUUCUCUUCUUCUUCCUAUUCACUGCACCAUCCAUGGGGGAGAUCAAAUCUCUGAAGAUCCGAUCCGAUAACCGUCCUAUGAUUCUCUUCGAGAAGUUCGGAUUCACACAUACGGGUUUCGUCUCCAUUGCGAUCUCCUCUGUGUCGGUCACCUCGACCUUAUCGCAACCUGAUCCCUCACGUCUUGGUUUCUUCCUUCUCUCGGAAGAAUCGCAAAUCCAAGUUCUCCUUGAACUCCAACAAAACCCUAAUUUCUGUGUCGUCGAUUCGAAAUUCAUCGCACGUCUCUUCACUUUCCGAGAUCUCUCGCCUCCGCCUCAGUCUUCCUUCAACAGAACGUACCCUGUGACCCACCCGAAUGAGUACUCGCUCUUCUUCGCCAAUUGCAACCCUCAAUCACUCGUCACAAUGGACGUCCACACAGAGCUGUACAACACUGAUGACGGCAGCACCAAGGACUAUUUAUCAGCAGGGCUAACGCAGCUCCCGUCUCUUUACUUCAUUUUUUCCCUCAUUUAUCUAAGUUUUCUAGGGUUUUGGAUCUCCAUAUGCUUUAAAAACCAGCGAUCUGUUCACAGGAUCCAUUUACUAAUGGGUGGGUUGCUUGUUAUGAAGGCUCUUAACUUGAUCUGUGCCGCGGAGGACAAACAUUAUGUGAAGGUAACAGGUACUCCUCAUGGAUGGGAUGUUCUGUUUUACAUAUUUCAGUUUAUCAGGGUUGUGCUUUUGUUCACUGUGAUCGUGUUGAUCGGUACCGGGUGGUCGUUUUUGAAACCAUUUUUGCAAGAAAAGGAAAAGAAGGUCUUGAUGAUUGUGAUCCCACUUCAGGUUUUGGCUAAUGUAGCUUCCAUAGUGAUAGGGGAAACCGGCCCUUUUAUUAGAGAUUGGGUGACUUGGAAUCAAGUGUUUUUGCUGGUAGAUAUCAUCUGUUGCUGUGCCAUUAUCUUCCCCAUUGUCUGGUCGAUUAGGUCGUUGAGAGAAACUUCAAAGACUGAUGGGAAGGCUGCUAGGAAUUUGGCAAAAUUGACUCUUUUUAGGCAGUUCUAUAUAGUGGUUAUUGGGUACUUGUACUUUACGAGGAUUGUUGUUUUUGCACUGAAGACCAUUGCAGCUUAUAAGUACCAGUGGGUGGCUAAUGCAGCAGAGGAAAUAGCCAGUCUUGUGUUUUAUAUGGUGAUGUAUUACAUGUUCAGGCCAGUUGAGAAAAAUGAGUACUUUGUUCUUGACGAUGAGGAUGAAGAGGCAGCCGAGAUGGCUCUGCGGGAUGAGGAGUUUGAGCUUUGAACUUCCAUAUCAAGGAUCCUAUCAUGUUUUGUCAUUCAUACUACUGUCUAGGUGAUACACUGUGAGUUGUCAACUUAAACUUCAAGUAGUUUUUCUGGAACAAUUUGAUGCUACUUUCAUUUUAUUUUAUGUCAUAACAACUAUGAAAUUAAUGAUAGCGUGUGUUCAAAAUUUUGUAUUUUCAUAUUCUCAUUUGUUGCAAAUACUUCUUAGGUUUGCUGGAUGCAUUGUUCAAUUCUUGGAACUUUUCAGGAUUCAGAGUAAUCUAAAUCCAGUGCUUUGAUUUGUGAA